AUGAAUCAGCAAAACACAAAGAUUGUGAAGCCUUUUUUUGUGGCAACCUUGUGGAAAGUAGCGCUCAGAAGUCACUUCUGCACCUUUCUGAGCAUCUUGAAGUUUCGUCGCCGGCGGCAACAACCUGCCUUGCAGGGCCGUGAUAUUCCAAUUGUCCAUCGUGUGAUCAAGGUUCAUGAGCGCCAUGAUACGGUGGACUCUGACAUUCUCACGAAAGGUGACAAUAAUCCCGGGGAUGACCGAGUCCUGUACGCACAUGGGCAGCUUUGGCUGCAGCGACAGCACAUCAUUGGACGGGCUGUUGGCUAUCUGCCUUAUGCUGGGUGGCUUACAAUCGUCAUGACGGAGAAACCAGUCCUCAAGGUAUGAGCAUUCUGGUUUAUUAGGCACAUAGUGGUUGAACAAAU